AUAUUAUGCUUAGUUCUCGAGGGUCCUAACGUGUACUAAGAUCGACAUUCAGUGCUUCCAAUCUCGAUAGGAGUCAGCUCCAUAAAAAAAAUAAACUUUGUCAAAAAAAGAAAGCUAUUAAAUCCUUUUCGAGGAAGAGUGUGCACUCUUCCCCUGUUGAAACAUUUUACUGUAAUUUUCUACCGCACAUUGAGAAGCAACUGUAGGGUUUAGGUCAAACUCCACCUCCUGUGUUCUGAGGGUAAAAAGUCAACAGAAAGGAGAGAAUUGGAGAAGAGGCCUGGAACUAGAGUAAUCCAAUAUGGCGGAGUACUUUGGCUAUCACCUGUGAAAUUCAGGUUCAUAGUUCCAGAUUAUUCUAGGAAUAAAAAAUAUGACUGAUUCAUACAAUCAAGAAAUUGCUGGAAAAGAGACGGAUUCAACGACAACAUGGAUUUUGCUGCAGAUAGCUGAUUCAGCAUUUCCUACUGGAGGAUUCUCACAUAGUUUUGGAUUUGAAUCUGCAACAAAACAUGGCUUUGUAACAGAGUAUAGUGCAUUCAAAGCUUUUUUGUUCUCUUGCCUUCAAAACACAGCAUCAUUCAGUCUCUCUUUUGUCAAUGAAUCGCACAAGAAUUGCCAUGAUGUUGAGAGGAUCAAAGAGUUGGAUGGAAUGGUUCAAGCUUACCUCAGUAACCAUGUAGCAAACAGAGCAAGCAUCAGGCAGGGGAACUCCUUACUUGACACAGCUUGCAAAACAUUUGGAAAACAAGAAAUGAAAAACUUACAGGUCCAACUCGAGAACAAAUGCCUCUUUGGUCACUUUGCCGUUGUGUUUGGCUUCAUGUGCGGCAUGUUAAACCUCUCUGUGGUCCAAACACAACAACUUUUCCUUUUCUCGACUCUCCGAACGGUAAUUGCCAGUGCUGUGAGACUUGGUAAUAUCGGACCGUUACAGGCUCAAUCCUUACAAUUUGAAAUGCAGAAGACAGCAGAAGAAAUAAGGAAAAAGUUCGAAAUGACCACCGUGGAGGAAGCAACAACAACAGCCCCCGUUGCUGACUUUCUUCAGGGUGCUCACGACAACCUGUUUUCAAAACUUUUCUACUCGUGAAAAGAGGCAUGGAAAUGUCGUUAAUUCCGAAUGACUGGUCGUCAAUGUAGCACCUCUAAAUGAAACAGGGCGAGGUAAAAGAACUGCAAGUUAUGUGAAGUUUUCGUGGUGAAUAACCAGAGAUCUCUACACGUUUUGUAGGGGCUGUGAUCGAAGCAAUAACGUGUCUCGAGCGCCGGAAAGCUAUAGCACGCGAGGGCUACAAUGCGGUCAACAAGGCACUGAUCCAUUUGGGUAGUCCACAUAAAUGUAAUAAAAACAUGGAAAACUGUG